GCAUUUGCAGCGCCAGCACCAAAACAGUGUGGAGCCCCGAACCGGAAAUUCGCGGGGCAUCAUUCAUGCUUUUUCGCUUACAUUCUCUACUCUCGCCACUGGAGCGACACUCAGACAUACGUUAGUCAACAUGGCACUAGCUCUGCUCACUCGUCAAGCUCUGCGGGCGGGCUCGCUCUGCAAUCGCGUGGCUGCGUCGAGGCCGGCCAAGCCGCUCGUCGUCGGCCGCCCACCUGUCACCCAGCGUUUCCUGGCAGUGGUUGGCGCCGCCCCCAAGGGCAAGGCGCCUCCGCCGCCUCCCCCCGAGGAGGCCGACCUGGAGGACGAGCUGGGCGAGGGCGAUGAGGACUACUACGACCCCAUGGAGGAGCUCAACACCGCCCAGCGCCGCCGCGUGCUGGCCAUGAAGGAGGUGCAGGGCCGCUACGACGGCCUGCAGCGGGAGUACCAGGCCGAGCUGGCGCAGCUGCAGAGCAAGUACAACACCAAGUACGCCCCCCUGUACGACGAGCGCCGUGAGCUGUUCAGCGGCAAGAAGGCUGUCACCGACAAGUUCGACCUGGAGGACGACGGCGAGCCGGACGGCCCCAUCCCCGACUUCUGGCUGAACGCCCUUGCCAACCACAACAAGAUCGGCCCCUUCAUCACCGAACGCGACAGCGAGGUGCUGAAGUACCUAGAGGACAUCCGCAGUGAGGUGCUGGUGGGCGAGGAGCGCGGCUUCAAGCUGACCUUCCACUUCAAGGCCGACAACCCCCACUUCACCAACUCGGUCCUGGAGAAGGUUUACGUGCUGGAGCCCGAGGACGACGUGGUGCCCAAGGCCUUCACCGGCACCGUCAUCAGCUGGAAGGAGGGCCGCGACGUGACCGUGGAGGAGCAGAAGCGCCGGGUCAAGGCGCCCAAGGGCGACAAGUCCAAGCCGGCGUUUGUGGUGGAGAAGGUGCCCUGCGACUCCCUCUUCACCAUUUUCGACCCGCCCAAGGUGCCCACGGAGGCCGAUGCCGCCAGCAUGAGCGAGGAGGACCUGGAGGAGGUGGAGGAUGCCCUCUCCAAUGACUUCGAGAUCGGGUUCGCCAUCAAGGACCAGGUCAUCCCCCGCGCCGUGGAGUGGUUCACCGGGGAGAUUGCGCCGCUGUCCCCAGAGGACUAUGACGACGAGUACGAGGAGGGCGAGUACUAGGAGCCACACAUGCGGCCAGUAGGAAGGCAGCGCAAGGCGGGCUACGAGGAGGCUGGGGGGGACACGGAAGAGACGCGGGGCAAUGGUGAUGUGUGGUAUGAUGGCGGUGUAAUGAUGCGGGGGGUGCGUGGCGUGCUGACAUGUGCAGUAUUAUGUGAGUGUUAGGCGCCUAGUGGUUGCUGCUGCUAGUUCAAGCGGUGUACGGGCAUAUAGAGCAAUUGUACCCUGGAGUGACAAUGGACUAAGGAUGGCAGGCAACAACUCUGGCGUGCAACCCUGCGCUGGAGCGGCAGCAGGCGUGGCUUUGACUUGGACUCCGUGCUCCAUAAGGAGCGGAAUCUCAGAGGGCGGCAUAGUAUGACAGCUGCUUGUGCGAAGCCCUGACAAUGCUGACCUGACUUGACCAAAACUUUAACUGCUGAUCA